ACUGACCCAACACUCAGUGGAUGAGCCUGAGGGGAGAACAGCCUUCAAACACAGACUGUGCCUCACAAUAAACCCACACGUUUCAUUUUAUUUUAUAAAAUCUUUGCGUUUUUCCUCAUGAAGAUUCGAGUUUUGUAGAUGCAAACGUGAACGUAAUUUUUACGUUGAUUUCACUUUUGUUGUGCCAUCGCGCGCAUACUGAAUCAAAUCCACACCCGCUGAGAUUUGCCCAUCUUCUCCAGUCGGGAAAACAGCAAGGAGAAGAGGACACGUUCAAUAAUUUUUAACUAAAGAAGCCUCGAUACUCAUUAACAAAGUUUCCAAGAAAUUCACAUGCGCACCAGGAAAGGGAAAGAUUUCCUCUUUACGAAUCCCGUUUCCUCAGCACGUUCGGAGAAAGAAGGGAGCUUGAGAAAUCAUGCUGAUUUCUGUGGAGAGGGUCAAGAUACUAAAGUUUCACUCCUGUAAAUUGGAUGAGUCGGUUUGAGCUGAAAAAAAUCGACGCGUUUUCUCCGAGAGAUGCGCGCCGCAUUCACGAGACACGGAUUUUAAUUUACAGAGGAAGGCAAGGAUUACAGAGGGAUUAUGACACCAAAUGACGACCUGAUCUGUGAGUCUUAGUCCUUCCCAUUCAUUUUGAGAAUGGAAGUGUUCCGGAUGGGGCCGCUGAGGCUCACUCUUCUAGUUCUGCUGAGCGGUGUGUCAUUUGGAGUGGUUGAACUGGAGCCGCUCGCUCAAAAGCAGCCUCAGUCACUCCAUCCCCAUCCGCCUCAACAGAACAUCACCCUGGCAGUCAUCCUGCCUCUACACAACACAGAGUACCCCUGGGCAUGGCCUCGGGUUGGCCCUGCCUUGCACUGGGCCCUGGACAAGGUGAACUCUGACCCCAACCUGCUGCCAGGCUACCAUCUACAACUGGUCUUCAACAGCAGCGAAAACAAGGAAGGAGUGUGUUCGGAUUCAGUGGCUCCUCUCGUGGCCGUGGACCUGAAGUUCUCAUAUAACCCCUGGGCUUUCAUCGGGCCGGGUUGUGACUACUCUUCCUCACCUGUAGCCCGUUUCACCACACAUUGGGAGGUUCCGAUGAUCACAGGUGGGGCGAGAGCACUGGGUUUCAAUUUGUACUCUUCCAUCACCAACAUCGGCCCCACGCACAAGAAGCUGGGCGAGUUUGUGGCCAGGAUGCACCGGCAUUUCGGUUGGCACAAACACGCUAUGCUCAUGUUUAGCGAUAAUAAGAACGACGACCGGCCGUGCUACUUUGCCGUGGAGGGGCUGUACACACAGAUGCGAGAUGACAACAUCACAGCAGAUGACAUGGUGUUUAAUGAAGAUGAUGAACCCAUCCGUUAUGAAGUGCUUCUCCGGGACAUCAGCCAGAAAGCCCGUGUGGUGUAUGUCUGCUGCAAGUGGGAGACGUUUCGCAAGCUGAUGGUGGAGUUCUUGAGGUUGGGUCUUCCUCAGGAGGAGUAUGCCUUCUUCUUCAUUGAUCUGUUUGGAUACAGUCUGCAGAGCCACCCUGCCAAACCAUGGGCACGCGGAGAUGCUGAUGACAAUGUGGCAAAGGAGGCGUUUAAAAGCGUGAAGAUCCUGACCUACAGAGAGCCUCAGAACCCCGAGUACAAGGACUUUGUGUCCAAACUGAAGACAGAUGCCAUGGACAUGUUUAACUUCAGCGUAGAAGAUUCUCCGAUGAAUCUGAUUUCUGGCUCAUUCCACGAUGGAGUCAUGCUGUAUUCUCAUGCCCUAAAUGAGACUCUGGAUCGGUCAGGUGUGAGGCCCCCAGGGGACGUUAUCAAUAAGAGGAUGUGGAAUCGCACAUACCAUGGGGUUACUGGACUCGUUCAACUGGAUGAGAAUGGCGAUCGCGAGAUUGACUUUGCUCUAUGGGACAUGACCGACACGACUACAGGAGUUUAUCAGAUUGUGUCCGUGUAUAAUGGCAGUCAGAAGCGGAUGAUUCCGGAGCCAGGGAUGAAGGUGUACUGGCUGAAGGGAAGUCCGCCUCCAGAUAUCCCACUGUGUGGCUUCAAAAAUGACAACCCUGCUUGCCUGGCAAAGACGGUCACCAUGCACCAGAUGAUCUCCAUAGUGGUGUGCUUCAUUUUUAUCAUCAUCGUAACCGUCACAGUCUUCAUAUACAGGAAGCUGAAGCUGGAGAAUGAGUUGACCGCUCAGCUGUGGCGUGUGCACUGGGAGGACAUCCAGUGGAGUAACAUGGAGAAGGUGCUGCGCAGAGCCUGCAGCAAACUCACCAUGUCAUUGAGAGGCUCUAACUACGGCUCACUGCUGACUAUGGAGGGAAACUUCCAGAUCUAUGCCAAGACUGGCUAUUACAAGGGAAACAUAACAGCCAUUAAGUAUGUCAACAAGAAACGCAUCGAGCUCACCAGGAGAGUGCUGUUUGAACUCAAGCAUAUGCGUGAUGUACAGAAUGAACACCUGACACGCUUUAUCGGCGCUUGUAUCGACCCACCCAACAUCUGUAUCCUUACUGAGUACUGUCCUCGUGGAAGCUUGCAGGACCUCAUGGAGAGUGAAGGAAUCACGCUGGACUGGAUGUUUCGCUAUUCUCUGAUCAAUGACAUUGUUAAGGGAAUGGUGUUCCUCCACAACAGCGUCAUUGUCUCCCACGGCAACCUGAAGUCUUCCAACUGCGUGGUGGACAGCCGCUUCGUGCUGAAGAUCGCUGAUUACGGCCUGGAAAGUUUCCGCAAGGAGAACAACUUGGAGGACAUGCACGCUCUCUAUGCACGCAAGUUGUGGACAGCCCCCGAGCUUCUGCGUGCCGACAACCCACCUGUGUGUGGGACACAAAAAGGUGACGUCUACAGCUUUGGCAUCAUCCUGCAGGAACUCGCCCUGCUGAAGGGCGUCUUCUACCUGGAAGGCCCCUGUCUCAGCCCUAAAGAGAUCAUAGAGCGUGUGGCGGAGGGCCGCUGGCCGUACCUGCGUCCGCUGCUGUGUCCUCAGAGCCACAGCGAUGAGUUGGGACAGCUGAUGCAGCGCUGCUGGUCAGAGGACGUCAACGAGAGGCCCGACUUCAACCAGAUUAAAGUACUGCUCCGCAAGAAUAACCGCCUGUAUCUGAUUGUGUGUGUGUGUGUGUGUGUUUUUUGUUUCAGCUCAGUGGCUGAGCAGCUGAAGAGAGGUGAGAUGGUGCAGGCAGAAGCCUUUGACUCGGUCACCAUCUACUUCAGUGACAUUGUGGGCUUCACCGCAUUAUCAGCCGAAAGCACACCGAUGCAGGUGGUAACACUGCUGAAUGAUCUCUACACUUGCUUUGAUGCAAUCAUCGACAAUUUUGACGUGUACAAGGUGGAGACCAUCGGUGACGCCUACAUGGUGGUGUCGGGCCUUCCUGUGAGGAACGGGAAACUGCACGCACGCGAGAUCGCCCGCAUGUCUCUGGCUCUGCUGGAGGCCGUUCACUCCUUUCAAAUCCGCCACCGACCCAACCAGCAGCUUCGCCUACGCAUCGGCAUCCACAGCGGCCCUGUGUGUGCAGGGGUGGUUGGUUUGAAAAUGCCUCGGUAUUGUUUGUUUGGCGAUACAGUCAACACAGCUUCACGCAUGGAAUCCAAUGGAGAAGCCCUGAAGAUCCAUGUUUCAGAGGCCACACGGGCCGUCCUGCAGGAAUUCAACUGCUUCCAGCUGGAGCUCAGGGGAGAUGUGGAGAUGAAGGGAAAGGGACGGAUGAGGACAUACUGGCUGCUAGGAGAGAUCAGCUCCAAUAAUGCCUAAAAACUGACGGACAAGGAGAAAGAGCAGUGCACCUGAGAGGACAGAACAAAACAAACGCAUCUAAACAAGUACUGGGACAGUGUGAAACAGCGGGAUGAAAGACGGUUUCUUCAGAAAAAGAUCAGACUUACAGUAGAAAGUAAUGUUUCAAAACUUGGUUUUGUUCAGCAUUCAUCUCCCAAAAGCUUCAAGUUAUUGCUUCAUGGGAAUCCAGCUGUGACUUCUUUUGCCAAGUAAACUCAAAAGAAAAAGACUAUACUUGAGCAAAAUCGUUUAGACAAUUGAAAGAUGACAGCACAUCAUCAGAUCAGUGAGUGUUGAGCUGAACGGACCUUCUGCUGGUGUGACCGGAUCGAGUGUUUACGGGUCUCGUAGGACUUUUGAAUUCUGUUUUGUCGUGAUAGGUCUUCGUCCAGAUUUUUUACAGCAGUCAUCAGGAGUCCUCUGGGUCUGUUUGUUGUCAUUCAUGUUCUUGGUCAUGCAGAGACACAGUGCUGUAGUUUUUUUAGCCAUGCGAAAUGUUCUCGAGUCCUCCUCUGGGAUGCAGGUCAGUUCAGAUCUCUUCUAUCUUCCAAAUCCGAUCCAGUCAGCAGAGGGUUUUGAACCACAGAUGAAAGUUACGCACAUAACAGAAAUAAUAAUAAAUGGCAAGUGUGAUUACGAAAGCAUAGAAAUGUGCAAUGAUGGAUUUUGUUCUCAGAUCUCAAGACCAUUUCCCAGCAGAAAUCCACAUGUAUUGAUGUUGCAAUAGUGUUUCGGAUGAAACCAGCACAAGGAUGUUCUUGUCUUCAUUUAAUAGCAGGAUUUACUGUCCCCAUGAAGUCAACAAGAAACACCAACACUUUUAACUUCCAGAAUGUGAGAUAUUUCCAAAUGGAACUUGAUUUUAUCCAUUGGGUUUUAAUUUAAGUAUUAUUAGUGGUUAAUAUUAUUGUGCUCCAUUUACGAGAUUCCACUCUGAUAAUACUUUUAUUCAGCAAAGAUGCAUUAAA